UGAACGAAAGAAAACUCAAAAAUAGACAUAUUAAAUGGAAAACUUGUUUGAAAAGACCAAGUCAAUUUGGUAGACUAAAAAAAUCUAAGAUUUAAAGCCAUGGGUGUCUGUUUCUCCGCCAUUAGAGUCACUGGUGCUAGCAGCAGUAGACCAAGUAGUCAGACCAACAACCCCAAAUCCAAGGCUGCUCCUUCUCCCAUCGAUAACAAGGCCUCUACCAAGCGCCGAACCGGCUCCAUCCCCUGCGGCAAGCGUACUGAUUUUGGUUACGCCAAAGACUUCCACGACCACUACACCAUCGGCAAAUUGCUCGGCCAUGGUCAAUUCGGCUACACCUACGUCGCCAUCCACAAGCCCAAUGGAGAUCGCGUCGCCGUUAAGAGACUCGAUAAGACUAAGAUGGUUCUUCCUAUUGCGGUUGAGGAUGUCAAGCGAGAGGUUCAGAUUCUUAUAGCUCUUUCUGGCCACGAGAAUGUUGUUCAGUUUUACAAUGCCUUUGAGGAUGACGAUUACGUCUAUAUUGUUAUGGAGUUGUGCGAAGGAGGCGAAUUGCUGGAUAGGAUUUUAUCCAAGAAAGGUAAUCGAUACUCCGAGAAAGAUGCAGCCGUUGUCGUUAGGCAGAUGCUCAAAGUCGCAGGAGAAUGCCAUCUACAUGGUCUUGUACAUAGAGAUAUGAAACCAGAGAACUUUUUGUUCAAAUCAGCUCAACUAGAUUCGCCUCUAAAGGCUACAGAUUUUGGUUUAUCGGAUUUUAUCAAACCAGGGAAAAGGUUCCAUGACAUUGUUGGUAGCGCCUAUUAUGUUGCUCCUGAAGUACUAAAGCGCAGAUCAGGGCCUGAAUCAGAUGUGUGGAGCAUUGGUGUGAUUACGUAUAUAUUACUUUGUGGGAGGCGGCCUUUUUGGGAUAGGACAGAAGAUGGUAUAUUUAAGGAGGUUUUAAGAAAGAAACCUGACUUCAGCCGUAAACCAUGGUUAACUAUAAGCGACAGCGCCAAAGAUUUUGUGAAAAAGUUACUUGUAAAAGACCCACGAGCACGGCUAACUGCUGCACAAGCCCUAUCUCAUGCGUGGGUUAGAGAAGGCGGGAAUGCUACUGAUAUCCCUGUCGAUAUUUCAGUUCUUAACAACUUACGUCAAUUUGUGAGAUACAGCCGUCUAAAGCAAUUUGCUUUAAGGGCGCUUGCUAGCACACUUGACGAGGCAGAGAUCUCUGACCUCAGAGAUCAAUUUGAUGCGAUUGAUGUGGAUAAAAAUGGUGUCAUUAGUCUUGAAGAGAUGAGACAGGCACUUGCCAAAGAUCUUCCUUGGAAACUGAAGGAUUCACGAGUUGCUGAAAUCCUUGAAGCGAUUGAUAGCAACACUGAUGGGUUAGUGGACUUCACAGAGUUUGUAGCAGCAGCUCUACAUGUUCAUCAACUGGAAGAACAUGAUUCAGAGAAAUGGCAGCUAAGGUCAAGAGCAGCUUUUGAGAAAUUUGACAUUGACAAAGACGGGUACAUAACGCCUGAAGAACUUCGAAUGCACACGGGGUUAAGAGGAUCAAUAGAUCCACUGCUGGAUGAAGCAGACAUUGACAGAGAUGGGAAAAUAAGCCUGCAUGAGUUCAGGAGACUUCUAAGAACAGCGAGCAUAAGUUCACAGAGAGCUCCAAGUCCUCAAGGCCACAGGAAUCCUCGGUAGUAUAUACUAGAAGAGGUGUAAGGACACAAUGUAAUAUGUUGGGAUGUGAUCUGUCUUAUCUUGUUAUAUGUAAUGUUGCUUGUAAGAUAAGUGGGCUUUUUUUUGCGUUUGUAGUGAUAAGUAAGCAAGUCCUUUGGUUGUUGUUUAAGGCGCAGCCAAACCAAAGAGAGAAAGUGGAGUGAAAAUCUUAUUGA